CGCCAAGGUCUCUCCUCUUGACGCGAGCGGCGACGCGCUGCGUGGCCGCUCACACGCACUGGCGGAGCAGCCCACGGAAGGAAGGCGAACUCCAUUUCAGCACCGGAGCUGUCCAUUGCUCCUCCGAGUCAAGUCUCUGUUCCCACGCUCGACCUCCCUCCCCACCCUUGCGCAAUUCUUGUUUUCGGAGGCAAGAAGCUGCUAAUUCUUCUCUCGGAGACUGGGAGACGAAGGAAUAAAUUAAAAAAAAAAAAAAAAAAAACCCGGGAAGGUGCACAGACUUCAUCCGAGCCAAAGUCCUGCCAUGCUUAACGGCCCAGUUUGAGGGCACCGGAGUGAUCAAGUCCUUAUUGAACGGCUUUUUUUCUCACCCCCUCCUUUAAAGCCAUGGGUGUGCUCAUGUCAAAGAAGCAGUCUGUGGACAAGGUGCAAAGAUGCACCGCUGUGGUCUCAGCCUUCCAGUCAGGCAUCAAGGACCGCCCGGCAAUUGUCAAGCCGACGGAGGGCGACGCGGAGGAUGCCGACGUGCCGGCUAAUACCUCGAGCGGGGCUAAGGAGAAGAACACGGAGGAAGGGGAAGGCGGGGAGACGGAAGGUGGCAGCGGCUCGUCAGCAGCUCAGCAGGCCUCUGUCAACCAGGAGGCCUGGUCCAGGUUACGAGACGGGAAGGGAGUAGAACCUGAAGAUCUGGAAAAGAGGCAUCAGCUCACGCCGCCUGCUUAUGUGCGGCCCAAAAGGGAAGCUGAUGAUGAUCAACCUUUAGAAGUCGAGCUGGCCAAAAAAGAGCAGCCGCGAGGCGACGAGAUGUGCGACGUGUGCGAGGUGUGGACGGCCGACGACCUCUACCCGUGCAGGAUCUGCACUCGGGUUUUCCAUGAUGGUUGCCUGAGGGAGUUGGGCUACCUUCGUGCUGAGGCCUUGCAGGAGAUGCGAGACACAGCUCACACAGUUACCGGCUGGAGUUGCUAUUAUUGUGAUAAUUUGAACCUGCUGUUAACGGAGGAAGAAAUGUACAGCCUUAUGGAGACCUUUAAGCAGUGCAAGAUCAUCCCAGAGUCGUGCCUGGUAUCGGACGAGUUGCUGCAGUACCACCACUUUGUAUCAAAGCAGCAGUUUGAUAAAGACCUGACCGAUGAGCAAGAGGAAGAAGUCCUGGCCCAGUUUGCAGCCCUGGACCCCGACAAGAAAGGUCACGUGGAGUGGUCAGACUUUCUCUACUUUGAAUCGUUGGCAGUUUUGAAAAAGUUUCGCACUGAGAAUUCACUUGUCCGCCUGCUGACCGCUAAAGAACGAGACGCUGCUCGGUUAAUGUUCUUGAAUCUGGAUGUGGAUGAAGACGGAUUGAUCACUAGAGCAGAAUGCCGGCAGGCCCAGCAGUCUUGGUUCAACAAGUUCAGCAAAGACUCGCAGUCCUGCAACGUGAGACUCAUGGGACUCUGCGCUCCUAUGAAUUGCGGCAUAAGUCACGUCGGGCCCAUUUGUGAGAGCAGCCCGGCCAGCUCAAGCAGUGAACAAAGCAAGACUGAUGACAAUCGGCCGACAUCUUGGGCAGACUUUCUCAGGGAGAGUUCCAUCUACAUCUUGGCCGCACGUCCCAAUAGUUCGGCCAUGCACAUCCGUCUUCCCUUAUAGUCCAGCGCGAAACCCGGCAGACAAAAUGGAAGGAGGAGGGCGAAGACGACGAGCAAAAAUCGAGAAGAGGCAGCGGUUCGAGCAUCUGGCCUCCUCGACAACAACAAGAACAUGAAGUGACAGCAAGAGGGAAAGACGAGGCUGUGUGAAAGUUUUUGAAAACCUACAGAGGUAGAUAAACAUGAACUGUUUGGCUUCUCGCGCUUUUUCAAUGACAAACACUCGACUCAAUGGCCCUCCGGCUAGAGCUAACCUCUCCGUGCGGGUGCGUUACUUUGACAGGCUGUUACUCUUCAAACAUUCAUUUUCUUUGGGCCUCAUUAUGUCUUUAUGAGAGUUUCUUGCUACUGUAAUAGAGUUGUGUUUAUUUGCUGGCCCGUUGUUAAUCACACCACUCAGAGGCAUAUGCGAGAUUUCGUUUUUGGCACACCGUGGAUAGGCUUCUGUGAGGGUGGUUGACCUUGCAGGCAAGAGAACAUAUAUCAAACAGAAAUGUAUGAAAUAGAGCUGCUAUACACACCAGUCUAAUUUAUUCUCAAUGGAUUACAAAUCUAUAUUUAUUCAUGUAUCCUCCGAUGUGCACUGUCUUCACUUGAAUCCAUAAAUCUUUGUUUUUCUAAUGUAGUUUGAAUAGGGAUGUGAUCCUAUUUGGAAAAUAAGGCUUCAAAUUUGCUUCAUGGAGAAGCUGUUGUAUUUUUGGACUCCUCUAGACGGCAUUCUCUGCUCUAUUAUGGGCUGAAAGCACACUGACUUGCCAUUUCGUAAAACCCUUUAUUUCAACCAACAGUGCCAUCUAGAGGAGAGAGAGAAAUACAACUGGUUCGUGAAGCACAUUUGAAGCUUCAUUUUCCCAUCACUAUGUAUAUUGCCUUUAAUUAUAUUUGUUCCUGUUCCUGCUACAUUUUAACGUAUUGGAAAUAUCUGCAAUUAAAUGCGCCUCAUAGAGACUGUGACAUUUAUGUGGAUAAAUUGCUGGGGCUUUCAAGUCAUGGGAAACUCGACAAAUGUCUCUACGGAAGUUUAAAUACACACAAGAUUGCUACUACAGUGACUGAUGAGCAACUAGCAUAACAACUAGAGCUUCGUGUCUGUGUCUAUGGCCUGUAAUUAAGAUUUAAAGCUAGUUCUACUUUGUGAAUAAAUUAUGAUUGACUUCAAAUGUGAUCAUGCGAGGGAUGUCACAGUGCUAAAAUAAAUGCAUGACAUUAAUUCUC